CAAAAAAAUUCACCGGCGCGAUCCCAAAAGGAAAGAAUCCAUCUUCUUCCUGAAAAUCUUCUUCCGAUGCAGUUUUUCAAUGAAGGAAAAGACAAAGAUAGGGAAGGAAAUCUUUUCACCCAUAUCUUCUUCGCUGGCUGGAAAUCGUUUUCACGUCUACUCGAAAUCGAGCCGAUUUGGUUUCUCUUAUUUGCUUUAAGAAAUUACCAGGAUGGCAUGGAAAUCUUCAUCUUCUAUCUUCCUCCUUCUUUGGGUAUAUCAAAAUUUCCAUUCUUAAUUGGCCAGAUCCGGACUAUCCUUCUUCGCUGGUGGUGAAAUUUCUCCUCCGUGAUCUCGAAAUUUCCAAUUUUGAUCAUGUCUACUGUAAGUUCCCUUUUUCUAUUCAAUGAAAUUGACUAAAUUGAUAUUAGAUUUGAUAAAAUUGUAUUGCUAUCUUAUGUACUCUGCUGUAGAAGAAACAUAGGAGGUCAAAUUACUCUAUUUUGUGCAUUACGUAUUUUCCAAGGAAAAUUACUUUGUGUUUAUUCAUUCAAAAUUUUACUUUGUAUUUGUACUCAAUAAUAUAAUAGAAUUGUAUUGUUUUGUUAUAUACUCCGUUGUAGAAGAAACAUAGGAGGCCUGAUUACUCUGAAUCUCUUCAUUUUUUGUCGAAUUAUUCGUCUCCUUUACUAAUUUCUCUGUAUUUGAUAAUAAAAUUUAAUGAAAUUAUAUUGAUGAAGAUUACGUGAAUCUCUAAUUGCGAUCAGAAGUUUUCGUGGCUUCAAGAAUUAUAUAUGUUCGUUUCCAAAUACAUUUACCCUUACAUACUCAUCGUUCCAUGUGGCUAUAGCAAUUAAGAUACAGAGCUCAAGCCGCUAGACAACACAUCCUAACAACCAAAGUUAUAAAAACCCUAGAGACAGAUCCAGACGAUUGGAGAAGGCGACAUGUACGCGAUGACCCACCAUGUUUGAAACUCAAUUCUCUUCUCCAUCAAGGUUAUUGGCUGAAUUUUUAAGUUUCAAUUUCUCAUCUGUCCAAGCAAAUCAUCAAGAUUUAAAUCUCCAUUUUAUCCAAUAUUGGAUGAAGAGAUAAGCAUAUUACUUUGUCAAAUUUGCCCACGAAAAACCAAUUGUUUGAUUGAUGUUGCAGGCUUAAUGUGAAAGGUUAAACGAUACAGAGUAUUAAUGGUUUCUCCAAAUUAUCAUCUUAUCAAACUUUUUUGAAUAUUUGAUGUGCAGUUUUAUUUGGUUCAUAGCAUUGUCAUGAUUAAUUUUUAGUUGUCAGCUCAGGUAUGUAGGACCUCAGGCGCUACAACUCUUCUAAAACCAAUUGGUGUUAGAAGAGGCGCAUACCCUAGCCUUAUAGUGCAUUCUACACACAAGCGCCCACGACAUUCGACUGUGACUUGGCACACAUAGCCUCCGCCACGGGACAAUUGCUGCACACAUGGCCAACAAUCUCCCCCUCAGCAAUUGCUCCCGCUGGGAAUCGAACUCGUGACCUUGGCUCUGAUACCACUUGUAGGACCUCAGGCGCUACCAACUCUUCUAAAACCAAUUGGUGUUAGAAGAGGCGCAUACCCUAGCCUUAUAGUGCAUUCAACACACAAGCGCCCACGACAUUCGACUGUGACUUGGCACACAUAGCCUCCGCCACGGGACAAUUGCUGCACACAUGGCCAACAAGGUACACUCUUUUCGAUAAAUUUGAUAUGGUGCUAGCAAUUUCUCUGGCAGCUUCAAUCUUCCUCAGCAUGAUGAAGGCCGGGUUGUUUGCUAUGAUUGCCCAAUCAGCUGUGCACUUUUAGCCUCACCCUGCAACCCCACCCGUUUCGGGUUAGCUUUUUCAAUAUUUAAUUAAUUACCCAUUUAAUCCCUCCUUUCUACACUAUUCCUCAAAUUUAAUAUGGAACAUAAUUAGAGUGCAAUGUGCAAAAAACAUAAAAUUGCAUGUUUGAUGACCAAAUCGAGUCCAAAAGAAAGUUGAUGGCACAGAGACUAUAUCGGGUAUCAA